AUGUCGUCUGAAGAAAUCAACCCGAGUGAAGUCGGAGCCGAUCAUUCGAACUCGGCCGGCAAAGAAAAAGCUGGAGCCAUCAGAGAAGCUGGAGCCUCUUCCUCACUGACUGUCGAGUCGGAGACGAAGAAGAAGGCGGGAGAGGGACUGCCGAAGCGUCCUCUGUCCAACGAAGCCGACUCUGAGAAGAAGAAGAAGAAGAAGAAGGUGGAAGAAGGACCACCAAAGCGAUCGCGGUCGGAUGAAAUCGAGCCGAAGAAGGAGAAGAAGCUUCCUGCUGUGAAUGGACCCGAAUCAAAGACAGAGUCGGAGACAGAGUUGGAGCAAAUCGAAGAAGAGAAGUCUGUGAUGAGCAUAACGGAUGAACAGAUGCAGGCGAGUUGUGUUAUACUUUUAGUCACACACAACAACUGAUUUACAGAACAUUGCGGAAAUCGACGAUCUCCAAGAGACAGAGCAUCGUCUCGAGUUUCACCUAAAAUUUGUGAAUGGGGAGUCUGUAUGGCUUCAUACGGACUCGAUCAGCAAGUUUCAUCCGAAAGUCAUUGAGUUCAAUGAGAGAAAUCCAGGGAAGUAUGAGAAAUUGAGUUAGUUGAUGUCUUUCAAUGCUUAGUGUAUGUAUUAUUUUCAGAGAGAAAUAUGGACAACUUCAAGAGGCGCUGGACCUGGAUGGUACGGCAUCUUCUUGUAUGAAACAAAACAUACCGCUCAAUUUGCAGGUGGACAAAGUCACAAACGUGAAGUACAGCCGUGUAAACAAGAGACUCGAGCUCGAGACUUACUGGGUUGGACACGACAAGCCCACGUGGGAGUCAACGGCCAGUUUUGGGGAGUUAUGGAGGGACCAUGUGGCCAUUGUCUGGUUCUUGAAAGAGAAGGAAAACAGCGAUGCUUUCAAGGCGGUCGAACUGUUAGGUGAAUUUGAAAGUACAAAGACGACUAUAUGUAUCUCAUUCUAUUGUUUCAGAAGAGCAGGUCAAAAAGGAAAGAGAGGAGAGAAAGGAAAUGGAAAAACUCGCUGCGAGGGGUAUCAUUGACGAAGACGACGAGAUGCGAGCGGGAAAUGUACAUUUUUUGAGAAAUCUAAAAACUGUAGAUCAAUCAAAUUACAGAGAAAGGUGAAAACAAUCAAGGCGAUAAGGUUCAAGUCGACCGAUGUCUCGUUUCACACUGAAUGGGUCGGAAUAAAGGAGUCGACCUGGGAGACAGCUGACACUUUCGGCGGCUGGAACCACAAGGCCAUUCUCGACUUCAAAGAAAAGUAUCCCACACAGUAUGCUAACGCGUUGAAAAAAAAAGUGAGUUUGAUUCAUUCCAUCUGUGCUUAAUGCAUUUUUUCAACUUUCAGGCGCAGGCUCUGUUCCAAAAGAAUGCUCAAUUGUCGUAG